GGUUCACCCCCCAAAGGGCUGCUACGGCCGGAGCUACGCCCAUCUGAAGCCAGGAGUCAGGUGCUUCUUCCUGGUCUCCCAUGAGGGUGCAGGGGUCCAAGCACUUGGGCCAUCCUCCACUGCCUUCUCGGGCCACAGCAGAGAGCUGGGACUGGAAAAGGAGCAACCGGGACUAGAACCCAGCGCCCACAUGGGAUGCCAGUGCCGCAGGCGGAAGAUUAACCAACUCAGCUCUGAAUGAGCUUUGGAGAGUCGAGAAGAAAAUCCAGUCUGCUUUUUGGGAGACAUUGGACAGCCGAAUAAAUGCAGUAUCUAAAUAUCAAAGAGGACUGCAAUGCCAUGGCUUUCUGUGCUAAAAUGAGGAGCUCCAAGAAGACCGAGGUAGAUCUGGAGGCCCCUGAGCCUGGGGUGGAAGUGGUCUUCUAUCUGUCGGACAGGGAACCCCUCCGACUGGGCAGUGGAGAGUACACGGCGGAGGAGGUGUGCAUCAGGGCCGCACAGGAAUGCCGUAUCUCUCCUCUGUGUCACAACCUUUUUGCCUUGUAUGAUGAGAGCACCAAGCUCUGGUAUGCUCCGAAUCGCACCAUCACUGUUGAUGACAAGACGUCCCUCCGGCUGCACUACCGGAUGAGGUUCUAUUUCACCAACUGGCACGGGACCAAUGACAGCGAGCAGUCUGUGUGGCGACAUUCUCCAAAGAAGCAGAAAAAUGGCUAUGAGAAAAAGAAGGUUCCAGAUGCAACCCCUCUCCUUGACGCCAACUCCCUGGAGUAUCUGUUUGCUCAGGGACAAUAUGAUUUGGUCAAGUGCCUGGCUCCUAUUCGAGACCCCAAGACGGAACAGGAUGGGCAUGACAUCGAGAAUGAGUGUCUAGGGAUGGCCGUCCUGGCCAUCUCACACUAUGCUAUGAUGAGGAAAAUGCAAUUGCCUGAACUCCCCAAGGACAUCAGCUAUAAGCGAUAUAUCCCAGAAACAUUGAAUAAGUCCAUCAGACAGAGGAACCUUCUCACCAGGAUGCGGAUUAAUAAUGUUUUCAAGGAUUUCCUGAAGGAGUUUAACAACAAGACCAUUUGUGACAGCAGCGUGUCAACACAUGACCUGAAAGUGAAAUACCUUGCUACUUUGGAGACUUUGACAAAACAUUAUGGUGCUGAAAUAUUUGAGACUUCCAUGUUACUGAUCUCAUCAGAAAAUGAGAUGAAUUGGUUUCAUUCCAGUGACAGUGGAAUUGUUCUCCACUAUGAAGUGAUGGUGACUGGAAAUCUUGGAAUCCAGUGGAGGCAGAAACCAAAUGUUGUGCCUGUUGAAAAAGAAAAAAGUAAACUGAAGCGGAAGAAACUGGAAAAUAAACUCAGGAAAGAUGAGGAGAAAAACAAAACGCGAGAAGAGUGGAACAAUUUUUCCUAUUUCCCUGAAAUCACUCACAUCGUAAUAAAGGAGUCUGUGGUCAGCAUUAACAAGCAGGAUAACAAAAAAAUGGAACUGAAGCUCUCUUCUCAUGAGGAGGCCUUGUCCUUCGUGUCCCUGGUGGAUGGCUACUUCCGGCUCACAGCAGAUGCCCAUCAUUACCUCUGCACUGACGUGGCUCCGCCACUGAUCGUCCACAACAUACAGAAUGGCUGUCAUGGUCCAAUCUGCACAGAGUAUGCCAUCAAUAAACUGCGGCAAGAAGGGAACGAGGAGGGGAUGUACGUGCUGAGGUGGAGCUGCACCGACUUUGACAACAUCCUCAUGACUGUCACCUGCUUUGAGAAGUCUGAGGUCAGUCAGACACUGGCAUGGACCAAGCCCUCUGGGCCCAAGAGACAGUUCAAGAACUUUCAGAUCGAGGUGCAGAAGGGCUGCUACAGCCUGCACGGCUCAGACCGCAGCUUCCCCAGCCUGGGAGAACUCAUGAGCCACCUCAAGAAGCAGAUCCUGCGCACAGACAACAUCAGCUUCGUGCUGAAGCGCUGCUGCCAGCCCAAGCCCAGAGAGAUCUCUAAUCUGCUGGUGGCUACUAAGAAAGCCCAGGAGUGGCAGCCUGUCUAUCCCAUGAGCCAGCUGAGUUUUGACCGGAUCCUCAAGAAAGAUAUCAUGCAGGGCGAGCACCUGGGGAGAGGCACCAGAACCCACAUCUACGCCGGGACCCUGGUGGAUCACAAGGAUGACGAAGGGACUUCAGAAGAGAAGAGAAUAAAAGUGAUCCUCAAAGUCUUAGACCCCAGCCACAGGGACAUCUCUCUGGCCUUCUUUGAGGCAGCCAGCAUGAUGAGACAGGUCUCCCACAAGCACAUCGUGUACCUCUAUGGCGUCUGUGUCCGCGACGUGGAGAAUAUCAUGGUGGAAGAGUUUGUGGAAGGAGGGCCCCUAGAUCUCUUCAUGCACCGGAAAAGCGACCUGCUCACGACGCCAUGGAAGUUCAAAGUUGCCAAACAGCUGGCCAGCGCCCUGAGUUACCUGGAGGACAAGGACAUGGUCCACGGGAACGUGUGCACCAAGAACCUGCUGCUAGCGCGCGAGGGCAUCGACAGCGAGUGCGGGCCGUUCAUCAAGCUCAGCGACCCGGGCAUCCCCAUCACCGUGCUGUCUCGGCAGGAGUGCAUAGAACGCAUCCCGUGGAUUGCUCCCGAGUGUGUGGAAGACUCCAAGAACCUGAGCGUGGCCGCUGACAAGUGGAGCUUUGGAACCACGCUCUGGGAGAUCUGCUACAAUGGCGAGAUCCCCCUCAAAGACAAGACACUCAUUGAGAAAGAGAGAUUCUACGAGAGCCGCUGCCGGCCAGUGACCCCGUCCUGUAAGGAGCUGGCGGACCUUAUGACCCGCUGCAUGAACUACGACCCCAACCAGAGACCCUUCUUCCGCGCCAUCAUGAGAGACAUCAACAAGCUGGAAGAGCAGAAUCCAGACAUCGUGUCGGAGAGGAAGCCAGCCACUGAGGUGGACCCCACGCAUUUUGAAAAGCGCUUCCUCAAGAGGAUCCGGGACUUGGGCGAGGGCCACUUUGGGAAGGUUGAGCUCUGCAGGUAUGACCCGGAGGGGGACAACACGGGGGAGCAGGUGGCUGUGAAGUCCCUAAAGCCGGAGAGCGGCGGUAACCACAUAGCUGACCUCAAGAAGGAAAUAGAAAUCUUGCGGAACCUCUAUCACGAGAACAUCGUGAAGUACAAAGGGAUCUGCACCGAGGACGGAGGAAACGGUAUUAAGCUUAUCAUGGAAUUUCUGCCUUCGGGAAGCCUUAAGGAGUAUCUUCCAAAGAAUAAGAACAAAAUUAAUCUCAAGCAACAGCUAAAAUAUGCCGUGCAGAUUUGUAAGGGGAUGGACUAUUUGGGUUCUCGGCAGUACGUCCACCGGGACUUAGCAGCAAGAAAUGUCCUUGUUGAGAGUGAACACCAAGUGAAAAUUGGAGACUUCGGCUUAACAAAAGCAAUCGAGACAGACAAGGAGUACUACACCGUCAAGGACGACCGGGACAGCCCUGUGUUUUGGUAUGCUCCAGAAUGUUUAAUUCAGUGUAAAUUCUAUAUUGCCUCCGACGUCUGGUCCUUUGGAGUGACUCUGCACGAGCUACUCACUUACUGUGAUUCAGAAUAUAGUCCCAUGGCCUUGUUCCUGAAAAUGAUAGGCCCAACUCAUGGCCAGAUGACAGUAACAAGACUUGUGAAUACGCUGAAGGAAGGAAAACGUUUGCCGUGUCCACCCAACUGUCCAGAUCAGGUUUAUCAACUUAUGAGGAAAUGCUGGGAAUUCCAACCUUCCAAUCGGACAACCUUCCAGAACCUUAUUGAAGGAUUUGAAGCAAUUUUAAAAAAGCAUGAAUAAUAUUUAAAUUCUGUUUGUCAAGUCCUUCUGCAACAAAUAACCAAAUCAUUUUAAAAAAAUUUUUAAUGGAAAGAGUUUGUAUUAUGUCUAAAAAGGCACUCAAAAAAAUACUUGAGUAUGUAUCCAUGUGUAAGGCGCACUGUGGUGCCUCAUGUGUUUAAGGACUUCUUCCUUAUAUUUGGCUCCAGGAAGAGAGUGACAAACAGUGACAGCCAAAAUAUUAGAAAGCACUGUCCCUUCUGGAAAGGAGCACACCACCACAGCAUCUGGCUAACUUGCCUUCACAAUUGCAUACUAACGUGGGAAUUUUGGAAACAAGAGGAGUUGACCAAAGUAUUUUCUCAAGAGGAUUGCUUUUCCCAGCUGCCAUUUGAUCUGAAAUGUUUUUCUGGCACAAUUAGUCACUGAUGAAACUUAGCUGAUAUUCUAACAUGCCCUUGAACUUCACUAUCUAUGCGGUGACAACCAAGCAGUCUUAAAAUAUUAGAUGCCCGUUAGUAUACUAUUGUCUCUAUACAGAAGUGAGUGUCAGUAGUAGGACUUAAACUUUGUUUCUCCAGUGGCUUAGCUCCUGUUCCCUUGGGUGAUCACUGAUGCCCAUUUUGAGAAAACUGGGUUAUGCUGCAUGUUAACUUCUUGAGAACUAAGCCUGUGCCAGUGCUUUCUUUGGCAGUCUAUCUUUAAUCUGAGUGGACUCCCAGAACCUGGAUGCUAUAAUACCUGCUUUUAAGAAAUGUCAAUGUAUACCUUUUUCUAAUUCUACCACUUUGGGCAAGCUGUUCCAGCAUUGAUUUUGGAUGCUGUAUAUGCAACCAGUAAGAAUAAACACCACCGCCACUGCACUGUUCUUAAAGAGUGUUUCGAUACCACCCACCUACAAGGAUCAAUCACUAUUUUGACCAUCACCUUAUGGUGCAAAACUUGAAAGACCCAGCUAAAAGGCACUGUGGAGUUCAUGAUCCACUAGACAGUUUUUGGUUUGCUUGUGGAGCUGUGUAGUCUGAAAUAUUUAAGUCUCUGAUUCAAUGUGAAGCAUAAAGUUCUUUAUGACCAAGAGUCUGAAAAAUUUUUUUAAUGCUGGUUAGUAUUUGUCGUCAUAGAUUUCACUUUUUGAAUCCAAAAAUAAUAAUCAGGCCUGACUCAAUGGCAGCAAUAAACUUGCCAUUUUAAAUCUGUUCAUUAGCCCUCUAUCACCAGGGUUUCUUUCCAUGUCAAACCUGUGGCCACUCUACAUGCACUUUGUUUACUCUUUAUACAAAUAAAUAUACUAAAGACUUUA